AUGGAUAGUAAACGUCGGCCAUUCGAUAGAUCUUUCUCCAAAGAAACUGGGCUGAAGAAACCAAGGCUCGCCGAGGAACCUACCGCACCAGAUCGCAUCUCCAAUGGCCGUGCCGGGAUCUUUCAGCGGUCGGCGGUUCCUAAUUCGAGCUUUGGUGGAGACCCGCGUGCACAUAGGGACCGAGAUUCAGAGGGCGGCGACCCCGUUCGUGGGGCUUACCAGCUGCAGCCGGGUCAGCAGGAGCUGGUGGCUCAGUACAAGACGGCUUUAUCUGAGCUGACGUUCAAUUCGAAGCCGAUUAUAACGAACUUGACAAUUAUUGCCGGUGAGAGUAUGCAGGCGGCCAAGGCCAUUGCAGCAGCUAUCUGCAUCAAUAUCCUUGAGGUUCCUACCGAUCAAAAACUGCCAUCCCUCUAUUUGUUAGACAGUAUUGUGAAGAACAUUGGGAGGGAUUACAUAAAAUACUUUGCUUCCAGGUUACCCGAGGUUUUCUGCAAGGCUUAUAGACAGGUUGACCCUUCAGUACAUCCAGGCAUGCGCCACCUUUUCGGGACCUGGAAGGGAGUUUUCCCUCCGCAGACCCUUCAAAUGAUAGAGAAGGAACUUGGAUUCACUACGACACCCAAUGGUUCUUCAUCCGCAACAACUUCUAGGCCUGAGUCCCAAGGCCAACGUCCUGCUCAUAGCAUUCAUGUUAACCCCAAGUAUUUGGAGGCAAGGCGGCUUCAGACCACUAGAGCAAGAGGAGCUGGCAGUGAAAAUAGUGAAGCCCUGGUGAGCUCUCACGAGGAUGCUGAAGCACUGGAUAGGACACCCAGUAUUAGUUCAGGGAAAUCAUGGGCUAAUGCGUAUGCUAAGCCUGUUAAGCAUUAUCAUCUCGGAGAUCAGGUGCACGAACCUGUUUGUGAUAAGAAUUCGAGUAUGGCAUCGGAUUCGGAGUACGGUUCCGCCAUAUCAGGACGUUUAGGUUUGGUAACUGGAAGAGUGGUUGAUAAAGCUAAAGAGUCAGGCUAUGGCAAGCCCUGGUAUGCAUCUAGCAGUGACAUUACUGGAAUUUCUGAGAAGAAGAAUGGUUUUGGCCUGAAACACGGACAUGAAAGCCGUGCUGCUCAUGAUCCCUUUAUUUCUGACUCAGCCCCUCAGUUGAAGCAAAAAUCGGUUAUUGCUAACUCUAACGGGAUGAGUGGGGACUGGAAGGACACCGAGGAGGAGGAGUAUAUGUGGGACGAAAUGAAUUCGAGAUCCACUGUUCGUGGCUCUGCUGAUGCCUCAACAAAAGAUCAUUGGGCACCUGAUAAUUACGAAAGAUUGGGCUUUGACAGUCAUCUCCAAAGGUCUCAAAGUUUGCACGAUAAUGUAACAAGGGACGAUGAUGAAGCCUCAGCCGAUUCUAUCUUCUUGGACCCAACCCAAGUGAUUCCCAAGACUCAAUUGCCCGAGUGGUCACAUAAGUCACAUCCACCGGAAGGGAGGAUAGCAUCAGCUACUGUUAAAAAUAUACCGAUCUAUUCUACUGGGAAAAGCUCUCAAAUUAUGUCGGCCAAGGCACGCCCGGGUCCAUCUCAUGUUGCACCCUCGAGCUUAAAGUUGUCAACGAGAUCUGGAAUGCAUCAACACCCAUCAUCACCUUCUUUAUCCUCACAUGACGUGAAAAACCAGCUACCAAACAAUUUUCCCGAGCGCAACCGAGCAUCCACUGGGCUUCCUAUGGAUCCAAGAAGGCCUUCAGGGUAUAAGAAUUCGUCUGAUGAUUCCCUGUCUUUGCCACAAAAGAUACGGUCUUCAUCUCCCGUCAUUCCCCCUGUUCGGCAAAGGAAAAAUGCUACUGCAGCAGCAGCCCAAUUGAGGAAUCCAGAAGCUUCUGGAUUUGAAUCUUCAGGUCAACUACAUGAUGACUUGUUGCGUUCACAAAAUCCUGGCGGCUCUGAAAACCGAUCAACUAUGGGUAACUCGUCAUCCGACCAGUCGAAUCCUCUCACAGUUGACUCCCCAGGAAAAUCCAUUACCAGCAAUUUGUUUGAUGCUGUAGGAAAAAGUAGAAUGUCAAAGAGUACCAUCUCCAGUAGCUUAAAUAAGCCGAGCCCUCAAGAAGAUUUGCCGGGAUUAACCUCGAACCUCCCUGAAAAGACGCCAAUUGCAGUUGACUUCUCACCGAAUCCCGUUUCGAACCUUCUAAGCACUUUGGUCGCAAAAGGUUUGAUAACCUCUUCAAAAUCCGGCUCACCGCUGCCUGAACCUCCCAAAAUAGCCGAUAAGCCCAUAGACAGAGUAUCUAUGUCCACAAGCUCAGGUCCAAAACCUCUCACGCCUAAAACUGAAGGGCCAUCCUCAUCCGAGCCUGAUGCUGCUGCUGCUACGGUUAGUACGUCUGAGGGUUCGCUCGGGUCACCACCAAAAAUAAAAAAUCUCAUCGGUUUCGAAUUCAGGCCACAUGUGGUCCGUAAUUUGCAUCCGGAUGUGGUAAAUGAUCUUUUUACCGAUGUCCCGUACCAGUGUAACAUAUGCGGUCUCAGGCUUAAACUCCAAGAACGGCUCGAGAGGCACAUGGAGUGGCAUGCAUCGAAGUCUCCCGAGGAGAAUGAUGAUAAUAAAAAUAAUAAUAGUAAUAAUAUUAAUAAUAAAUCGAGGAGUUGGUACACAAAUAUAGUCGACUGGGUUGCGAGAAUCGACCCUCUGGAAGAUUCUGGAUGUUCCGAUGACAUUCCGGAAGAAGAUAAAGGGCCCUUGGUCCCAGCAGACGAGAGCCAGUGCGCGUGUUUUUUGUGUGGGGAGUUGUUUGAGGACUUUUACAGCUGCGAAAGGGAUGAGUGGAUGUUUAGAGGGGCUAUUUACUUGACCGACCCAUCGAGUUCUGGUGAGCUUCCAAGUCCUAUUAUAGUCCAUGCGGACUGUGUAACGGAGGAUUGUGUUCGCGACUUGGGGCUGGCUUGUGAUGUCAACUUGGAUUUGGAGGCUGCUAUGCCUUAA